UCCAACGCCGCGGCGGAACAGAUGCCAGGGGCAGGGAAACAAGGAGGGCGGGCUGCCUGGAGCGGACGGGUGAGCCUGCGGGGACCACAUGACUUAUUAGUGGCGGGCUCCCAGGGAGCUGCAAGCGGCGAGUCGCGGCACAUCUGCGGCGUGUAGAUUAUUGAAGAGCACUCAGACUGCGCUGGAGCUCAUAACACCGGACUGGGGAAACUAAAGACAAGACGGAAGAACAUGUUGAGUUCUCACAAGAUGUGGAGACCUGCUUCCGACUGGGACGAUUAGUCACGCCAUGAAUCUCUUGGAUCCCCAUGAGGAGCCGACCACUCAAAGGUGAAAGGAUUUCAGCUUGGCCACUAAAUAAAACCCUCUUCCUGCUGCACAGCGUGGGAGAAAGUGCCACGGCGGUGCUGGUAUGGCAUCUCUGUAGGCUGAUAACCGGCGUGAAAGGAGUUGUGAGUGAUCGUCGUGCACUCCUUUUCUUACUGGAUGCACAGAGCGAGCACGCUUGGCUGGUAACUGGACAGGAGCAGACACACACAUGGACUCUCACAGGUGUAUGUAAGGCUUCUUGGCGCAGCAGAAGUCAUGCCAUUAUCUGGAUGAUCUUAGUCGCAGAUUAACACAUCAAGACUGUCCUUAUUUGAAUUACCUUUUUUUGUCAGCGGGAAGCAGGAAGAGCUGCUGCUGAUUUGUCUGCUGCAUGACAGUUCAUCACUGGGCCCGUGUGCUCCAGUGAGCCAGCAUGGCCAAACCUCUGCUGAAGAUACAGCGUUAUUUCCGCAGGAAGCCCGUCCGCUUCUUUACGCUCAUCCUGCUCUACCUGACCGCCGGAAGCCUCGUCUUCCUGCACGCCGGCUUUGUUGGAGACGGCGGCCCCGGAGGGCGAGGGGGGCGCGACGCCAUCGUAGCCUCAGAGACGGGCGGCCACACCGCCUCGUCAGACAGUCGAGGACUGGGCAUCAUGCGGGUGUUCAAGGAGGCUCACAGGUCUGGGCGAGGCUACGCCCCAAUGUGGAAAAAAAAGACCAGUAUGUCCACAGAGGGCAAAGAUGGAGACUACUCCCACAACUGGAACCGUGCACUGAAGGCCCGCAAUGCUAAAGACAUCGACGACGGAAGAGCAAAAUAUAUCGGCUGCUACGUUGAUGACACACACAAGAGGGCCCUGAAAGGAGUGUCCUUUUUGGACUACAAAAAAAUGACUGCGUUCCGCUGCCAAGACAAUUGUGCAGAGAGAGGCUACAUGUACGCGGGUCUGGAGUUCGGAGCCGAGUGCUACUGCGGUCACAAGAUUCAGGCGGCCAACGCUUCAGAGAGUGAAUGCAACAUGGAGUGUAAAGGAGAGAAGAGCAACAUGUGCGGAGGAGCCAACCGGCUAUCCAUCUAUAGGCUGGAGCUGAGCCACGAGUCGGCACGGCGCUACGGCAGCGCCAUUUUCAAGGGCUGUUUCCACAGGCCGGACAAUGUCACUUUGGCGCUCCCUUUCAGCGUCUCCAUCCAAAACAUGUCCGUUGACAAAUGUGUCGACACGUGCACGGAGAAGGAGAAAUCUCUCGCCGUCCUGGCUGGAGAUCGAUGCCACUGCGGCUUCCCGACCCCCUUCUUCUCCCUCCACGAGCCGGAGGACGAGGGCAUGUGUCUCCACCGCUGCCUCGGCGAGGAGUUUGAAAGCUGCGGCGAUGACGAGUACUUUGUGGUGUACCAGACGCAGGUGCAAGAUAAUCGCUGCAUGGACCGACACUUCCUCCCCGCUCGUGCCAAUCAGCUGGUUGCCCUCGCUAGUUUCCCCGGAGCGGGUAAUACCUGGGCUCGCCACCUCAUAGAGCUCGCUACUGGCUUCUAUACCGGCAGCUAUUACUUUGACGGCUCACUCUACAAUAAAGGAUUUAAAGGUGAGCGAGACCACUGGCGGAGCGGGAGGACCAUCUGCAUAAAGACGCAUGAGAGCGGCAAGAAAGAGAUCGAAACUUUUGACUCCGGCAUCCUCAUGAUCCGAAACCCCUACAAGGCUCUGAUGGCUGAGUUCAACCGCAAAUAUGGCGGGCACAUCGGCUUCGCCUCCCAGGCCCACUGGAAAGGAAAAGAAUGGCCUGAGUUUGUGAAGAACUACGCCCCCUGGUGGGCGUCCCACACCUUGGACUGGCUCCAUUACGGGAAGAAGGUCCACGUGGUGCACUUCGAGGUCCUGAAGAGAGACCUGUUCGCCCAGCUGAAGCGCAUGGUCCAGUUUUUGGGCCUGAGGGUUUCCGAGGAGCGUCUGCUCUGCGUGGAGGGCCAGAAGGACGGCAACUUCAAGAGAUCGGGGCUCCGGAAACUGGAGUACGACCCGUACACUCCUGAGAUGCGGGCCGACAUCAACGAACUGAUAAGAGCGGUGGACGCCGCCUUGAGGAAGAGGAACAUGCCUGGCGUCCCGGGUGAAUAUAUGCCCAGAUGAUAUUCGUGAUCCUCAGCCACAGUGGCUUAUUAUUAGUUGGGAGAAAAUAAUAACGCAUUUAGUUUACAGUAGGGAAGAGAUUCAGAUGGCCCCAUUCAUCCGUUUGCAAUGCAGUCUGCUGAAAAUGAUGGAAAGCGCCACGCCGUGUGCCACAAAACACAUUUAAGAAUAUUCAACACUCUACUCUAAGAGGAGAGUGCACCCCCCGCUAAUUUGUCACGCUUCACGUAUCAGGUAAACCGCGACGAAUGUGGCCGUAUGAAUCCCCUUCCCGCUGUGUGAGACGGCCCUUUUCAUCCUCUUCCGUGCACAAUUAGGCACGUGCACACGCCUUAACACGAAGAGGUGCAUUUCCUACGCUUUUCGAGGGCUCGCUUAUUUUCCCGAAGACGUGGAAGUGAGACGUAAACAUCGUCCGUCGCACAUUUGUUCUCACGCCAGGAAAUACGUGCAAUAUGCAGACGAGAACUACCUGGUAGCGAUGAUACUGUGUGGGGUUUUUUUAUGUCCUCCUCGGCAGGAGGAUGUCCCUUUUUUUUUUUCAUGAUAAAGUUCUCAGUUCCUUUUUGAGGAAGAUGCCGGCGAGUCGAAAGGGAGACGUAAUUUGUCCUGACAGCGUUUAUUUAUCUCUCACACGUGACCAGUCUGCUCGGGAAUAUGUUCUCCUGUCACCAGAUUCAGCGGCGGAAACCCAAAAAGCACGUGACAGUGCAACACUUUGGCCCAAAGAUUUCUCAAGAGUCCUUCUUUGUGUGCUUUAGUUCUUUUAUAACACUAGACUUUUUUUGUUUUUGUUUUAUGGUUUUGCUGUGAUAAGGGCAAUGAAAUAGUUAAUAAGCUGCAAAAACUCUACUUUUCACAUCAGUGCGUCUCAUCCGUGCUCCAAACACGCACGGACAGCACCUCAGUCAAGGACUGAACACAGUGAUACCUCCUUUUUCAUGAGUCAUUGUCAGGUUCAAACACUGAUGACAUCUAUUAAACACACAAAGAAGCAAGGAAUUAAACAGAGACAGCAUUAAAUUUGGCUCAAUGAGGAGAAACACGUACACCUGUACCCUUGUACAGUGUUCCACGCUCUGACGAAAGAUUGUACGCCUCCUCUUUUAUUUGGACUUUCCCUGAUUACAUGGCAACAGCUGUUUCUAAGGGACGGGGGUCGUAAACAGCCAUCGCCUUUGAUUGCAAACAGUUCAAAGAAAAGGUCGUAAAACAGUUCAAAGAAAAGGUCGCCUUGAGGGGAUUCUGGUCCUGCUUCCUCUCCGCUUUGUAGUUCUCGGGUCAAAAUAAAAUAUUUCUGUGGAUUACAAUGCAUCAAAGAAACAGAACACCUUCAUGUUGCUUCCCAUCCUACACAGCAGAGUUUUACAAGCCUUCUUCUUGGUAGGAUCAAAGACGGUUUUUGUCUUCUCGCCAGGCACUCUUUGAAACACAAAGUUUUGUGAUAACUUAGAUACAAUUAUUCUGACAGUCAUCACACAAAACCCCAAAUGGACGUUAUUAACGUUUAUCAGCAAUGAGCAGAGAAGGAAACAUGUCUUCCUUCUUUGCUACGACUUUGAAUUCAAUAGUGUUUCUCACUUUCUUUAUCAAAGUGCUGGUACUCGCAACUUUUUUUGGCCCCAUAGUGACUUAUUUUGCAGUUUUACCAUGGAGGUUAAUUUGUCUUUUUUAAAGAAAGCUUUUUUUUUUACACUUAAUUUAUCUAACUGAAAUGUUUGCGUUUGAAUCUUGUGAGCUGAAUUUUUUUCACAUCAAAUUUCAUUGAAUAAAAGUUUGCGGGCAAAAUAUUUGUUUAAAAAUUCAGUGUAUAAAAAUUCAGCGUCUGAAAACUGUUUUUAAAAAUUCAGUGUUUUAAAAUUCAGUUUAUAAAAAUUCAGUGUUUAAAACUCAUUGUUUUAAAAUUCAGUAUGCAAAAAUUCAGUGUAUAAAAAUUCAGCUUCUGAAAAAAAUUGUUUGAAAAUUCACAAUUUUAGAAUUCAGUGUACAAAAUUAAGUUCAUAAAAAUUCUGUUUUAUAAGUCACAGUUUUAAAAUUCUGUGUAUAAAAUUUCAGUGCUGAAAAAUUUAGUGACUGAAUAUUCAGUUGAUAAAAAUGUGGUUUAUGAAACUUGAGUGUUUUAAAACUCACUGUUUUAAAAUUCAGUAUAUAAAGUGUUUAUAUAUUCAGUUUAUACAUAUUCAGUUUAUAGAAAUUCAGUGAAUAAAAAUUCAGUUCUGGAAAUUCUGUUUAAAAAAAUUAUUUAUAUAAAAAAUCAGUGUUUUAAAAUUCAGUGUGUAUAUAUUCAGUUUAUAGAAAUUCAGUGUGUAAAAAUUCAGUGC